AUGGAGACGAUCGAGAGGAUUCUGUCAAGACCUGUCGCUAAACCCUACCGUUCUCGCAAGAUCGACCCCGCCAUCAGACCAUAUCUGAACCGGUACGGCCAUGUCGACUUUGCACCUGGCGAUAUCGAAAACCCCAGAGAAUGGUCGACGGGCCGCCGGUGGUACUGCACACUCGUGGGCGUCGUUCUAGUCUGCAAUGCCACCUUUGCUUCGUCCAGCCCCUCGGGGUGUCUACGCGGUAUCUCUAAAGAAUUCCACGUUUCCGAGGUCGCAGCCGGUCUCGUUAUCACUCUCUUUCUGCUUGGAUACGUCGCAGGGCCUUUAAUAUUUGCACCUUUGUCAGAAUUCUACGGACGGAGAUACGUCUUCUAUACCACUUUCACCCUCUAUGUGGCCUUCAACUUCCUCUGUGCCUUUGCACCCAAUUUUGCGUCCCUGCUCAUUGGACGCCUGUUGACCGGCACAUUUGCAAGUGCCCCUCUGACCAACGCUCCCGGAGUGCUUGCCGACGUCUGGGGACCUGUCGAGCGUGGGAAUGCCAUGGCGAUCUUCAGUAUGAUGACCUUCAUCGGUCCUGCCAUCGGGCCUGUUAUUUCGGGAUUCCUCGAGCUCAAGGAAGAUUGGAGGUGGUCUUUUUACGUCUUGCUGUGGCUGGGAGGAGCGACGGAGUUACUGAUGUUCACCAUCCCCGAGACAUUCCCCCCAGUCGUCCUGAUCAACAAGGCUCGCCGGAUCAGGGCAACGGGGAUCCCCGAAUAUCAGGAGCUACAGGCCCCCGCCGAAGCACAGGGGCGAAAGCUGGGCGAUAUGUUCAAGGUCGCUUUGGUACGGCCGUGGCAGAUCCUCUUCGACACGAUCUCGAUCCUCGUCGCCAUCUACAUCUCGGUUGUCUAUCUGCUGCUCUACAUGCUCUUUACGAUAUACCCCAUUGUAUUCCAGGAGAAGCGAGGCUGGAAUUCCGGGGUUGGCGAGCUUCCACUGAUCGGCACCGUUAUUGGAGCGUGUAUUGGUGGUGGCAUUAUUUUCUACGUCUCGUCGCGGGACAAGAAACGAAUGCUGGCUGGUAUACCGCGCAAGCCAGAAGAUCGAUUGCCGGUCGCCAUGAUUGGCGGCAUCAUGUUCGCUGUUACGAUGUUUUGGUUUGCUUGGACCGCCAACUUCAACAGCAUUCACUGGAUUGUCCCCACCAUCGCUGGCACGUUCUUGUCGACUUCAAUCCUCCUCAUCUUCGUCUCUUACCUGAACUACCUUACGGACACCUACUUGAUGUACACCGCAAGCGCAAUGGCCGCAAACACCAUCUGUCGAUCAGCCUGUGGAGCGGCUGCACCCCUCUUCACGAAUCAAAUGUUCCGAACUCUUGGAGUAGGCGGUGGUGGCUCGCUUAUUGCAGGUGUCGCAUGCCUUCUGGCGCCGGUCCCUUUCGUCUUCUACAAAUACGGCGGACGAAUCCGCGCACGGAGUCGAUUUGCUCCUACCGACGUUCCUCAGCCCCGAGACGAGGAGAGCCAGGACGAAAAGGCCAAAGGCGCGGUAGAUGUGGAGACUCCCUCUAGUUCAAGCUCCGGCUCGACAGUCGCCAGUCUGCGGUCUGAGACCUCUUCACAAUUCGGCCCUGAGCAACAAGCUGUCCUUGAGGAAACGAAGAAGAGGGAAUCGGUCGAUGAACCUCGCCACGGGCAAGGCGAGGGAGUGGGCGACAACAAAGAGUUUGCUUGA